UGUAAUUUGCGUUUCAUAAUGAUGGAUUAUGAGAAAGCAUCGAUGAACGCUGUCCAUGAACAGUUUGCUCAUGCAUCUCUACGAGGCUGUUGGUUUCAUUACUGUCAAGCUGUUCUUAAAAAGUGGAAACGAUUAGGACUUUUGAAAGCACCAUAUAAAAUAGUAUCCAUGGCAAUGACAUUAGCAUUAACACCAUCAGAAAUGUUUGCAGAAGGUUUAAACCUCAUGCAGACAAUUGCUGAUGAAGAAUUUGAAAAUUAUCCUAACGUAUUGGUCUUUGAGAUAUAUGAGAAACACAUGGCUUCCAAUAGAAAAAAAAAACAAGUGUAUAUGGAUGCCCAAUUAGGACUAACAAUCUUGUGGAAUCAUUUCAUAGUAUUAUGUUGA